AUGGAUUACGUGGAGCCUCAGACUUUCGAUCGGCCCCCGGCCAACCCCAGCAUAUCAUUGCCUGGACCUGGUAGACCGGAGGAUACAACAAAGCGAAGGCUUCUCUUGAUCUAUAUUCAUGGUUUCCAGGGAUCAGAGACCUCUUUUCAGGAACUUCCGACCCAUGUUCACGAUCUUGUAACAAGCUUGUUGAUUGAAUCAUAUCUUGUAUACACGCGAAUCUACCCUCGGUAUAAGUCUCAGGGGGAGCUACAAACAGCCGUCGAUCAAUUCAGCGCGUGGCUAGCACCACAUGAAGCAAAUGAUCUAGAUGUAAUCCUGCUGGGGCAUAGUAUCGGUGGAAUUCUAGCUGCAGAUGUGGCAUUAUUACAAAAAGGCACAAAAUCAAAACACCGAAUACUGGGGCUCAUCAAUUACGAUACCCCCUUUCUGGGACUCCAUCCCCGGAUCAUUCCAGAUGGAAUCAAGAGCAUGUUUCCGAUGAAAGAUCCAUCACCUGAAGAGAAUCUAGCAGAUGAGCAAGAGUCACUAGGGAUGGAGCCAGCGUACAGACUAGCUGCACCUGGCUCUAAACCCAGCCCCAACUUCAACCGUCCGUGGAGAAACGAUAAGCGACAGCCCGAUCGUGGUCUUCUCGGUGGUGUGAAGCAUUUUAUCAACAAGAAGAAGAACGAGGACAAUUUCGCAAAAUCAGUAUUCGAGCGCAUCAUAUCUCCUGCUCGAUUUGCAAACUGCGUCAACAACUAUUCCGAUUUGCGCCGACGCUAUCAACGUUUGAAGGAGUUGGAGAAGGCAGAGUUCAGUGCGGGUAGAAUCCGCUUCAUCAAUUAUUAUACCUCCAGUACGGGACGUCGCCAAAAGGAAAAGUGCGGGAAAUCUAAAGAGAAUGACGCGACAAACACAUCGACGACUUCUCCAUUAUUUGGAUGUUGUCAGAGUUCAAAUGGGACAGAAAGCGCCGAAGAAUCGAUGAGUAGUCUGUCUCUUGCAGAUAGCUCAUCAACGUCAGUGGAUCAGACAAAAGAACCGGCUCUUUCAGAAAGCGUUUCUCACUCCAAUUCUGACUCUGGACCUAAUACCAAGAGUUCAUCUAAACCUAUUAAGGCUCAAAAGUUCAUUCUCUUACCGUCUUAUCAUUGGAAAUCGGAUGAUAAUUCGAACUGGGCGCCAGUACUGAUGCAAGACAUGGAUGCGGUUGUGGCGCAUCAAUCUAUGUUUUUGACAACGGGAAAACAUUAUGAUUAUCUUUUUGGGGAUACUGUAGCUAUUAUUGAACAGUGGGUUCAAGAAGAUUUAACUGAAAGGAUGGUACAAGAAAGCAGACAGGAGAGUCUUGACUAA